AGCCCAUGAAUGAGCCGUGUGACCGCAUUCGAAAGCACGCCGCGUCUCUGCCAAGAGCCCGGGGGAGAGGGGGGGCCCGGGGGAGAAAGCAAGCAGGCAGGCAGGCAGGCAGGCAGGCAGGCAGCAGCAGCAGGCUGGCAGGACGAAACGUGCCGUAAAAGCGCUUCUGACGAGAGCACCGCAGCGCAGCGCGCCACGCCACGCCGUUCUUUGUUCAAGUCGCUGGACGGCGAGGGCAGCGCCAACACUCUGAAGUAGGAGGGGGGCACCGACUGGCAGCUGGGCAUCCAGAAAACGCCCCUCCUGGGACGGCGCUGCGGUCACCGAGGUGCACCUGACUGGUGGGCGGGCACGCUGCGCUCUGGUGGUCUGGACGCCGGGAGGAGGAGGAGGAGGAGGAGGAGGAGCGGGCAGCAUGCCGGUCAGGAGCAGAUACAACCUGGUGGAUGACGUGGGCGACUCCAGGGUUCCCCUGCACAACGAGGAGGCUUAUCAGCACGGCAUCCACUUCCAGGCGAAGUACGUUGGCAGUUUGGAUGUUCCGAGGCCCAACAGCCGUGUGGAGAUCGUCGCUGCCAUGAGGCGUAUCCGAUACGAGUUCAAAGCCAAGAACAUCAAGAAGAAGAAAGUGAACAUCGGGGUGUCGGUGGAUGGCGUCAAAGUUGUGAUCCGCAAGAAACCCAAGAGAAAAGAGUGGACUUGGGAUGAAAGCAAAUUGUUGGUGAUGCACGACCCCAUCUACAGAAUAUUCUACGUCUCCCACGACUCCCAGGACCUGAAGAUCUUCAGUUACAUCUCGAGGGACGGCGCCAGCAACACCUUCCGCUGCAACGUGUUCAAGUCGAAAAAGAAGAGCCAGGCGAUGCGCAUCGUGCGCACGGUGGGCCAGGCGUUCGAGGUGUGCCACAAGCUGAGUCUGCAGCACGCGCAGCAGGGCAUGGACGGCCAAGCGGACGGCGCCAGUGAGAAGUCUGCAGAGGAGCCCGAGUCGGAAGGUCGACAGUUGACGGGGUCGGAGCAGCAGGAUGAGAUGAGGAAGGAAGGCGAUGCCACGCUGUGUGAGAGGCCUGCUGGGCAUGUGCUUCCCAGCCUGGUAGAGAACGACGUGGCCAAGUCUGCCCACUUGCUGAAGGAGAGCGUCUUGCAGGACUUGGCAAACGGCAGCACUGAGCCCCUCGGCUCUCCUGGCACCUUCACCUGCUCGGCGUUGACGCCCAUCGCCUCCCAGCAUCACUUGCAGCUCAUUCAGCACCAACUGCAGCAGCAGCAGCAGCAAACCCAGGUGGCCGUGGCACAGGUCCAGUUGCUGAAGGACCAGCUGUCUGCCGAGACCACCGCUCGCAUCGAGGCUCAGGCGCGAGUCCACCAGCUCUUACUGCAGAACCGGGACCUCCUGCAGCACGUGGCCAGCCUGGUGAAGCAGCUGAAGGAGCUGGAGGUCAAAGUUCAGAACAAGCAGAACAGAGAGCGAUGUUCCCUCUGGAGCUCCCUGUCCGCCCAGUCGCUGUCACUCAGUCUGAAGAACUUCUACAGCCUUGGAGCGGAGCCGCCUGUCACCUCCACGCCCGCCAGAGACCCCGGGACCACCCCUGCCCAAGGCCGAGGGGGCUUGACUGAAUCGUACCUCAACCUCGUAAACCCAGAAAAGGAGCCCACGCCGGAUGGCCUGAUGGUCAGCAGUGAAAAAGAGCAGAUGGCCGGAGAGACGGGCCGCAGCGUGGAGGGGUCCGAGGAGCCCACCAACGGAGGCCCAAGGCAGACCAGUGAAAAGCAACGCAAAGACGGGUUUCAAGAUGCCAUCCCUAAGCUGGACCCUCCGCCGCCUGCCGUCAACCGAAAACGUCCGGGAAGGGCUCUGUCUCCGGGCCGCCAGGAGGUGGUCCUCAAACCCGCCGGCCCGCCAGCAGAGAGCAGCAGCCUCACAGAGGUGACGUCCUUCACGUUGACGCUUACGGAUUUUGAAUCUGCCGGCGAUGAGUCGAAGGUCCUGUCCCAGGACAAGUCGUCAUUGUCACCGUUAACGGAGACAGAAGAAGAAGACGACGACGAUCCCCACCCUGGCCGGGGUCCGUCGGGAGUGGAGUGCACGCCGACUGCGGUGCCCCUGGACUAUGAUGGCACCCUGCCCUUCUCUCCGCCGGCCGAUGACACACGUCUGCACAUCAGCUUCUCCGAAGACGAGCCGCUGGACGAGGACCCCGAGCUGACCGAUUAGAGGCCACCGCGCCAACAUUAGCCACGUUAGCUCAUGUAGAAGAAGCUCUAGAGUGUGUUCUUGAGUGCCACCGUGAGGGUCCUGCUGCAUCCGCGAGUGACACUUUACAAAAGCCUCGGGGGGUGGGGGGGGUGGUCCUGCAGAGUGCCAUCGUAGUGGAGGUAACGCGUGACGUUGAUGGUGACAUGCAGCCUGGCAGAUGGCUCCGAGGUGGCUUUGUGUCCAUGCUGGGCGCUCUCGGCUGCUGCUUAGAAUGUCACCUAACUUGAUGUGCCUGGCAGUCCUGAGGGCCACUAGGCAAUGAUGGGUGUGCCUGCGACUCGGGUGCGGGCAUCCUGGCACUGGCGGAGUCUGGAAUGUGCCAAGCUGUUCUUCCACCCAAUUGGCAGCUGGCCUCCAGGUGUUCAGAUCCUAGAAGAGGGCGGCGGCCCAAAGAUGAGGAAAGCCAACGGGUAUGAGGAAGUGGAGGAGUUGGCAGGGGACUGACACCUGGGGGGAGGGAGAGAGAGAGAGAGAGCUGCGCCCUCAAGCAGCCUCUGGACCCCCGGGAGGUCUGGCGUCUGACACAGAUGGGGGUCGUCACGACGCUUCACGCUUUUUUGUGUCCCCUCAUCUUUGGUAAUAAACUUUUGUGACAUUUCCA